AUGAAUUAAAAACCUAAAAGUAUAUGGGAAUCCUUAGACGAAGAUUUACCAGAAUUAGAUGAUUUUGAAGAUGAAAUAGAAGUUUAUUAAAACUAAAAAGAAUUCAAUAAUUUAUAACAAUUCUCAAUAGAAGAAUAAUCAUAGAAAUAAUAAAAACUUUAAGAUGUUAGAUGGGAAGAUAUCAAUAAUUAUGAAUAUAUUGAUAAUCAACUAUCAGAUAUUUAAGAAGCACCAGAUGAAAGUCUUGCAUCAUAAAUUAAAGACAAUAAUACAUAAAAUGAAGUUUUUAAUUUAGAUUAUGAAAUUCCUGUCUUAAUGUUAGAUGAUAAUAGUCAAAUAAGUGAGGGAACAAAAAUUAAGUUAGCUGGUUUUAAGAAUUAUAUUAAAUCAAAGGAAAAAGAGAAAAAAUUAGUAGAAUAAGAAUUUUAAAGAAUUGUAUAAUAAAAAACUUAAGAAUUGAUUCAACAAUCAAAAAAAGAGGAAUUAAUGAAAAAAAUAUAAAAAGAAAGCAUUCCCUCUAAAUUAUAAUAAAAAAUUUAAUCAAUACUUUAAAUAACUGAAAUAGAAGUCAAUCCAAAACAAAUUAAUUAUUAACCAAUUAUUUCUAAUGAUACAUAAUAAAAUAAAAAGAAAUAAUAUGAAAAUGAAUAAGUUGUAAAAUUGAAAGAUGAAAUCUUGAGUCUCAAAACAUUAUUAAAUGAAUAUAAAAUUCGAUAUAAUCAAGAUUAAGAUUUAAUUAAAACUCUUCGUGUAACUAUUCAAAAAGGAGAUGUUAAUUAAUCAAGAGCAAGUUGUUCAACAAAAGCAAGCAAAACUGAUGAUUUAAUUAAUGAAAAUGAAUAAUUAAAAUAAGACAUUAUUACAUUAAAAUAAAAACAUUAAAAAGAUGUAGAAUCAUUGAAAUAAUAAUUAUCAAGAGUAUAAAAAAUUUAAGCUGGGUGUUAAUUAAAAUAAUAAAAAGAAUAAGUAAUACCAGAUAAGGCUAAAGAAGAAAUUACUAAAUUAUAAGCAGAAAAAGCAUAGUAAGCUUCAGAUUUUAGAAACAAAUUAAAUGAAGCAACAUUAAAAAUUUAAUAGAAAGAUGAAGAAUUAGAAGAACUAAGAAGAUAAAUUAAGAAUUUGUAAGAAUAAAAAGAAAAACCAGAUAGUUAAUAAAUAAUUAUUGAAAAUUUAAAAUAGAAAAUAUAAAACCUAAAUUAAACUAUUGAUUAAACUAAAGAAAAGUACCAAUUUGAUAAUUAAAUAAAAUUACUAUUUCCAAAUUAAUAAGAAAAAGUUUUAUCUGUGUUAAAUAUAUUUUUAAUAUUAGAAAACAAAAGAAAUAUUAUGAAAUAUUUUUAAUCAAAAUUAAACUUUGUAUUUUCAUCUGUGUAUAUAAAAAUAUACAAUGCAUACAAAUGGUUUAAAUAAAUGAUUAAAUUUAAAUGGACAAAAUAAAUUGUUCAUCAUCCUGAUAAUUAGUAAUUAGUUAAAGAAGCAAUGAAAAAGAUUAGAAGUAAUCCAACUGUUUUGGAAAGUGAAAACUAAAAAUUGACAAAGACUUUGAUAUAGCUUAGUUAAGAAAAUAAGGAAGUUUAAGAAAAAUAUAUACAAUUAACAUAGUAAUACAAUUAGAAAAUAGAGAUAUAUGGUUAAUUAGAAGAAUUAGUUAAAGUCGAUAAGAUUUAAUUAGCAAAUCAAUUGAUGAUGCGUGUCUUGAAAAAAGAAGCUGAAGAUAGAAAAAGUGAAGAGUAAAUAGAAUAUCCAGAAUUAUAGAUUAUCAAAGUAUCCAAAUAUUAAAAUAUUAGAAAUAUGCUGAAUUGAUUAUGUAAUCAACUCUACCUUCAAAUGUAAAAGCUUAAUCCCCAAAAUAGGAUAAAAAUUAGAAACCUUCAUCUUUAUAAGGGAUUAAUAAAUAGUAGAUCUCUGUAACUGUUACGAAAUGUGGACAUUAGGAUAGACACUAAAAAAGAGAUUAAAAACCAACUAAAGGGUAAUACUAUAAUAAAUGA